GCUACAUAUUAGGAUAGUAGAAUAAAAGAUAAUGUCGCAGUAAUUUAGAUAAAGUGGCUGUAAUUUGAGAAAAUUCGACAAUUGGCGAACAAAUGUUAAAUACAUUGUAAAUAUAGGAACGCAAAAGAAAGUUUAAAAUGCAUGUAAAAAUAAAUGCAUUACAUGUACUGUUGCUUUUAUUUGUAUUCCAAAGAGAAGAAUCGAAAGCUAUUACGUGUUAUCAAUGUAACAGUAAAAGGGAUCAAGAUUGCACUAUUAAUACGGCGGAUAUAAGAUAUUUGAAGCCAUGCUCCUCAUCGCAAGCAUUUUGUCGUAAAGCUGUGUACAUAUAUUAUUUUAUGAAUUCUCACGAGUACAUAAUAAUACGCGAGUGUGCAAAAUGGGGAAGUGCUGACAACGAAUGUUAUAGAGGUCGUUACCCACGCGAUAGUUAUCAAUUUGUAUGCGAAUGUAAGAGUACAGGAUGCAAUCGAUCUACGACAUUCUCAUCCAUGACGACCACAGUUCUGUAUGUUCUGUGUCAAUUUAUAGUUUUUCUCGUUAGAAGUCCUACCUGACACGAACAUAUCGUUG